AUGGCUCCUGGUAAACCCCGCUCUGGGCGGUCGCUUGCAGACCAGCUCGCGGAUCUUGAAGACCCAACUCCCAAGGACUUUGACCCCGAAGACAUUGACCGCGAUGCGCAGUCAAGUGGUGAUGAAGGGGCUGGCAAAACGUCAGAUCUGAAUGCUGGAAGAGAGCACUAUCAAUCUGUGGGCAAAGGAAAACUUCGAAAGCAAGAGCCCAUCGACCUGGGAAAGCAAUACGCCGGCGCUCGUGUUAGCAGAGAUGACCUAGAGGCUGACAGUGACGAUGAUCCUUUUGCGGCACGUACCGACGAUGGGCUUACGUCCGAUGAGGACGAUGAUGGCGACUCCGACUCGGGGUCGGAACCCCAGGGGGCAGAGUCGCAGAGCGACGAGGAAUUACCGCAGUCUGCGGGGGCCGAAGAAGAAAUCGAUGACUCGCACGGUGACCAGAGCGAGGACGAAGGCAGUGAGGACUCGUAUCAUAAUGACGAGCAGGAAGAUGGCCAUGAAGUCGACUCCAUCGAGGAGUCGACCGCGAGAGGCAAACGCGUUGCCGGUGUCACUGACGACCACGUGGCUAUCCAUGAUCACAGUGGGCGGAAGCAAGGGGAUGCUGAUCGAGAUGAGCUGCGGCGAUUAAUGGCGUCAGAUCAGAAGACGAUUGCGGCAACUAUCUCACAAGCUGCCAAAGCAGAUGCGGCGAAAGGAAAGGCUGUCAAGGAGCAACGUACCACGUUUGAUGCACUGUUGAACAGUAGGAUCAAGUUGCAAAAGGGCUUGGGAGCGAUCAACGAGAUGGUGGGUGUGGUUGGAGAAGAGGAAGAGGAAGAGGGUGGUGAAGAAAAGAGAAACUCGGAGGCAAUCAAGUCUGCUGAAAAUGCCGCCCUCGCCCUUUGGUCUACACUGGAAGAACUGCGCAUUGCUCUUGCCGACGCCCAUUCUAAGGACGGAGCUAAAAAGCGCAAGCGCCAAGAUCCUAUUACCAAUUCCACCUCGACUACCUCGCUCUGGGAGCGCAUGUCCAGUCUGGAGUCCGAGUCUCUCCUUCACCGUCGAGCCGUUCUCGACAAGUGGUCCUCCAAGCUUCGCGGUACCGCGACCUCCCUUCCCAAUGCCCGCGGAAAGCUGCUUGGCUCUGCCUCUGGAACUCAGACAAUCACCGCCGUCCUUGAUGCGCAUGUUGCUACAGAGAUUGGCGAUCGUGCGAACAAACGUGCGCGCCAAACAUCUGUCUCCAAUGGCUCGGCCCCUAGCGGACUUCCCGAACCAGUUUACGAUGACACCGUUUUCUAUCAAUCGCUGCUUCGUGAUCUCGUCGAGCAACGCAUGUCUUCCUCCGACGCUAUGACCGGUGGCCUCGAUACCCUCCACCAGCUCCCAUCCCGCCUGCCAAUUCACCCCAUUACCGGUAUGCGCAACGACAAGAACAGAAAGGAAGGCGUUGAUACACGAGCCUCAAAGGGCCGCAAAAUGCGUUUCAAUGUUCAUGAGAAGUUGCAGAAUUUCAUGGCCCCCGAGGACCGUGGCUCAUGGACAGUCCGAGCCCGGGAUGAGUUCUUCGCUUCUUUGCUGGGUAAAUCAGCAAGUGGCUUGUUGGGCGAAGGAGACGAGAGUGCCAGUGACGCCGAGUCUGAUGAGGAUCGUGAGGAGGGUGGAUUGCGUCUGUUCCGCAGCUGA